AUGGCUGGCAAAAAGCGAGAAGUCCAGUUACAGACAGUCAUCAAUAGUCAAAGCCUGUGGGAUGAGAUGUUGCAGAAUAAAGGCUUAACAGUGAUUGAUGUUUACCAGGCUUGGUGUGGACCCUGCAAAGCAAUACAAGCUUUAUUCAGAAAACUGAGAAACGAACUAAAUGAAGAAGAAAUUCUGCACUUUGUUGUUGCAGAAGCUGACAAUGUUGUGGCUUUGCAGCCAUUUAGAGAUAAAUGUGAACCUGUUUUCCUCUUUAGUCUUAAUGGCAAAAUUAUUGCAAAGAUUCAGGGUGCAAAUGCACCACUGAUUAGUAAAAAAGUUAUUAACUUGGUCAAUGAUGAGAAGAAAAUUGCAGCAGGAGAAAUGGUUCGCCCUCAGUAUCAUGAAAUUCUGUUGGUAGAUACAGCGUCAGAAGAUGCUGGAGAAGUACAUUCUGAAGGUGCUCAAGAACAAUACAGUAUUGCUGUUAUCAAACCUGAUGCUGUGCUUAGUAAGAAAGUUUUGGAAAUUAAAGAAAAAAUUGCCAAUGCAGGAUUUAUCAUAGAAGCAGAGGAUAAGAGGAUGUUCACUGAAGACCAAGUUAUGGACUUCUAUAGUCACAUUGCAGACCAGCCUGACUUUGAAGAGUUCCUCUCUUUUAUGACAAGUGGCCUAAGCUAUGUUCUAGUUGUGAGUCAAGGAAGUGAACAAGAGCCUCCCAAGGAAGAAACUGAAUCUAAGCCUGACACUGAAGCUACAGAACCAACUAAGGAUCAGUCUAAUCCUGAAGUUGAUAUCACAUCUGAAGGAUUUAAGAAGAAACGAGACAGUUUACAAGAAUGUCUGGAGAGGCAGCACAUAGCUCAGUUUUGUGAUGUUGAAGAUGAUGCAACUAUUGUGGCUAAGUUCCUUGAUAUGUUCUUCCCUGAUUUUAAAACAUUGAAAAGCAUGAAAUUACAAAAAACAGUGGCAUUACUUCGGCCAGAUCUCUUUCAAGAAAGGAAAGAGGAAGUUUUAGACAUUAUUGGAAAAGAAGGCUUCAAAAUAUUGGAACGAAGGCAAAUAGUGUUAUCAAAAGAAGAAGCAGUUGCACUGUGCAAGAAAUAUGAACAUGAAGACUAUUUUGAGAAACUGAUAGAAAACAUGACCAGGGGUCCAUCUCUAGCUCUUAUUUUAUUUAGAGACAAUGCCGUCCAGUACUGGAAAGAGCUACUGGGACCAGGAACAGUUGAAGAAGCAUAUACAAAUUUUCCCACGAGUUUAUGUGCAAAAUUUGCAAUGGAAAGUUUGCCUAUCAACCAGUUGUAUGGAAGUGAUUCAUUGGAAACUGCUAAAAGAGAAAUACAACAUUUCUUUCCUCUUGAAAGCACUUUAGCAGUGAUUAAACCUCAUGCAACACAGGAACAAAGAGAGGAGAUCCUGAAGCGUAUCCAGGAGGCCAGAUUCGACGUGGUGCAGGAGAAGGAGAUGCUUCUGACUCCAGAAUGGGCAGGUGUGAUUUACUCAAAAAUAACAGGAAAAGACUUUUAUGAGGAGGUAUUGCAAGUGUUAUCUGAGGGUCCAUCUUUGGUCCUGGUUCUGACAAAGUGGAAUGCUGUCGCAGAAUGGAGACAUCUGAUGGGCCCCACAGACCCAGAAGAAGCAAGAAUGCUGGCCCCAGACAGCAUCCGAGCCCGAUUUGGAAUAAGUACGUCAAAGAAUAUCGUCCAUGGAUCAUCUAAUGUCUAUGAGGCAACAGAGACCAUUGGUAAAAUCUUUGAAGAGUUUGUUCCUGAUAAUCCUGAGGAAAAUUAA